GCCCGCCCGCCCGCUGCGACCAACCAGUCCUCGCCCCGCUUCGGCCCGCAGAGCUCGCCCCUUCCCCACCCGCAGACAUGUCUGAGAGCAAGAGCAGUCCCGAGUAUGCUUCGUUUUUCGCCGUCAUGGGCGCCUCCCCCACCAUGGUCUUCAGUGCCCUGGGUGCCGCCUAUGGCACAGCCAAGAGCAGCACCGGCAUCGCCGCUAUGUCCGUCAUGCGGCCGGAGCUGAUCAUAAAGCCCAUCAUCCCAGAAGUCAUGGCUGAUAUCAUCGCCAUCUAUGGCCUGGUGGUGGCAGUCCUUAUCGCCAACUCCCUGAACGACGGCAUCAACCUCUACAGGAGUUUCCACCAGCUGGGCGCUGGCCUGAGUGUGGACCUGAGUGGCCUGGCAGCGGGCUUUGCCAUCGGCAUUGUGGGGGACACCGGCGUGCGGGGCACCGCCCAGCAGCCCCGACUAUUACGGGCAUGAUCCUGAUCCUCAUUUUCGCCGAGGUGCUUGGCCUCUAUGGUCUCAUCGUGGCCCUCGUCCUCUCCACAAAGUAACCCCUUUCAAGCUCACCAGCCACAGAAUAUGAUGUAAAGACCACCCCCUCCUCAUUCCAGAACGAACAGCCUAACACACGCACGGGGCAACUGCCCUCAGUAGUUGGUCUUGUAAGUGCGCAGUGUCCUAGUGCCCAUUGUCUGUUGCCCUGGCCUUGCCCCUACCUGCCCCGUGCCGUGGACAUCCGGGCCCACUUAUCACCAUCCAGGCCCUGCCUCGUGAGGACGCAGGCCUCCAGCCAUCCCCACCCACCUGC